GUUCGCGGCGUGUUUCGUUCGUAGGUGCAUGUGCGCGCCGCCAUAAUUGAUAUAAUCACGCGCGAAAACAAAUACUUAAAUUAAAAAAAAAAAUAAUAAUGAAUAUAAUAUCGUUGACUCUAUGGACGUUAGAGCAUAAUUGUUAUUAUGUGUACACUGUUUUAAUUGUAUUCUUUAUUGGUUUCACUGUGGUCCAUAAAAAUAGGUUGGAAGCAAAUUUAAAUAGAACUGCCGCUACAAAAAAGAAAUUGGCGCGAAAUUGGAACAGUGGGAGAGAAAGAGACUUCCCUGAUGAUGAUGAUCCGGACCACCUCGUGCCUGCUAUACCAGAGGAUACUCCCCACGUUCCAUACAAACCUCCCCAGAGGACCGACGAGGAGAUCUUGCGGAGAUCUCGGGAGUACUACGAGCUGAUGGCCCAGAGACGGACCGUCAGGGCCUUCAGUCCAGAACCGAUACCUGAUGAGGUGUUGAAUAAUAUCAUAAAAACUGCUGGUACGUCUCCGUCCGGUGCUCAUACAGAACCCUGGACCUUCGUAGUUGUUCAGGACCAAUCAGUUAAAGAAGCCAUCAGAACUAUCGUGGAAGAAGAGGAAGAACUAAACUACACCCAGAGAAUGUCCAGACAAUGGGUGACAGAUUUGAAGCCUUUCGCUACGAAGCAUAUAAAACCUUACUUAUCGGAGGCACCAGCGUUACUUCUAGUAUUUCGUCAAACACAUUCCUGGAGAGCAGAUGGGAAGAAAAAGAUGCAUUAUUAUAGUGAAGUUAGUGUAGCUAUCGCGGCUGGAAUUCUACUAGCUGCCAUACAGUACUGUGGCUUAGUGGCACUCACUUCGACACCACUUAAUUGCAAUGCCCGACUCCGGGAGUUGCUCUCAAGACCUGUCAAUGAGAGGUUAGAGCUCCUGCUACCAGUUGGAAGACCGCAUCAGAACGCUACAGUACCCGACCUAUCGAGGAAGACUUUAUCAGAAAUUAUGGUCAAGAUCUGAUUAAAACACGUGUAGUAAUAAUGGAAAAAGCAAUGCAACCCCAUUUAAGGGGCAAAAAUUAGUUUAUUCUACUAUAAAUUUGCUCAGAAACUUUCGUCUUAUUAAGUCUUAUUGUUAUUACAAUAUAGUCCUUAAACGAAUAUUAUUGGGAUUACAUUGAAAUAGGUACAAUGUAAUAUAGAAAAUAAUGUAAUCCAUGACGAUAAUAAAAAAUUUUGUACUUA